AGGGCAUUGUCCAAAAGCCCCCAUUAAAGAAACCUUGUUUUGCCAUUCGCCAACUUAGCUUUCAAAAUCCAACCCCCAAAUUUUGAAUAUUUAUCCAAUCCAAAUUCCACAAAUUUUGGAAACCCAUAUCUUCAAUUCGCAAUCCAAUUGGCGAAGAAGAAGAUGAUGAGCUUGUGAUAACCCGAUUGGGGAUAUAUUAGGGUUUUAGCGUCUCGAUAAUCCAAUGCGGUUGUUCCCUUUGAACUCGAGCCCGAGCUCGAGCUCUAGCUCUAGCGUAGAGAAGGAGCAGCAGACUGAUCGGAAAAGGACUCGCGCCCUUUUGUACCUCAAUGUCUAUGAUCUCACCCCUGUAAAUAACUAUCUUUACUGGUUCGGAUUUGGGGUCUUCCACUCUGGCAUCGAAGUGCAUGGCAUGGAGUAUGGCUUUGGAGCCCAUGAGUAUCCUAGCAGUGGAGUUUUUGAGGUCGAACCAAGAAGUUGCCCUGGCUUCAUAUUCAGAAGGUCAGUCCUGCUGGGCAGCACUGAUAUGUCUCGUACAGAAUUACGCUCAUUUAUGGAACAGCUUUCUGGAAAGUAUCAUGGCGAUACCUAUCAUUUAAUUGCUAAGAAUUGCAACCAUUUCACUGAUGAAGUCUGUUUGCGGCUAACUGGAAAACCUAUCCCUGGAUGGGUAAACCGGCUGGCACGAGUAGACUCCAUGCCGCAGGCAGGUCCAACCAUUAUGGAAAUGGGUUGUAAGGGUCUCCAGGGGUUAUCUGCCAUGUUUCAGGUUCUUUCUGUAAUUGUCUUCUGCCAGAAAACAUUCAAUUAUCAGCAGUCAGACAUCUUCCUGAUCAUCCGCCAUAUUCUGAAGAAGAUGAUGAUGAUGGAUCAGAGUCAAUUGCUUCAUCUGGAACAGGAAGUGAUGAGGAUUCAAAUCAUCACCUGCUGAAUGCACCAAUCGGGGAUGUAGCUUUCGUGAAGGAAACACCAGUAAGAGUUCUGAAGCAUCCUUGCAGGGUUUACAAUGUGAAUGUGAAGCUAAAGCAAUUUAUGUUCCAUUUAGGAGAUGGCAUUUCAGAGUCUGAACAUGCUGCUGCCGCAGCGAUGUGACAACAGAGGCUCCAUCGAGACCCCUUUCCCAAGCAAUACACGAUUAGCAAGCGGCAUUGCCAGCUUAGAUAUUAUGCCGUGCAGGGCCAGUGCAAAGCGAUUAAGGCCAAAUGGUGGCUUUUAGUUUUCUCGUACGUUCAAAGAUUAGGCUCCAGCUCUACCAUCAUCACCAUGCUCAGUGUCCUCAUCUUUUUCAUUAUCAGCCAACACCCAAGACCCAUCAUCACUUUGAACCGUAGACUUGUGGUACUCUUGCCACCACUUAGCAACGGCAUUAUAUUCAUCCUAUAGACCAUCAAUGUUGCUUAAAAUUUAGCUAAGUUUAUUAUGAUUGGUUAAUGAAAAUUAGUUGAUUAAAAAAGAAGUGAUUGAUUACAUGUAAUGUCCAAUUUAAUAUAAACUCUUAUAUGCAAAAUUAAUGUUUAGCAAAAUCUAUUGGAGAUGA